GAAGAUGCACUUGAGUGCUGUCAUUGGCUGAGACAGGCUGGAUUUCCGCAGUACGCCAAACUUUAUCAAGAAGGUGGUUUCCCGAUCGAUAUUCGAAGCGUACAACUCGACCACGAAUUUCUUGGUCCCGAUUCACUUCGUGCUCUUUACCGUCGAUUAAACACACUGAAUCGAUGCGCGAUCAUGCGCAUUGAUCAAGUGGUCCUAAGACGAAGGGUGAGUUUUCCUACCGUAUCUUGCGAAAGAUGCUAUUUUAGUUUUGGAGUGUUUUUNACCAAAAAGUUUUGUCGAACCACAGCUUUUCAAGACAUUUUUAAGUAA